AUGUUUCUUCAGCUUCAAGCUAGAGAGAAAUUCCUCGACCUCCAUUUAACCACAGGGCUGCACGACUGGGACAUGAACGAGGAGAUUAAACUGACGACGACAACAGACCAGUUCUGUCAAGACGACAAACGAAACGAGCAGUAUCUGGCACAGUGGCAUUACGCCAGAAUCUCCAGGAGAACUUUAGCUGGAGGAGACCACAUGAGCCAAGUGAACCAAGGCCCCGCUGACCGUCCAGAAUCUCUAAUACAGCCAAGUCUGUGGCUGAUGGUGAACCCCAAUCUAGCCUGCCCCAUAAAAUACCCUAAUGCCAAUAAGCAGUCACUCCCAAAACUGACAAUGGACACACCUGUCCCAAGUCCUUCCCUGCUUGCACCUGUACGAAACCUGCACCUCCUUCCACUGCCUGAUGAGACCUGCCUGGAUGAGUCACUGCAUGACACCUCUCUCUCAAGUGAAUAUCAGCUGACAGAUGAUGACACAUCCUCUGUGGAUGUGCCGAUCUGCCGUAAGGUGAAAGGUGCUCGGAAGGGCCGAGCCCCAAAAGAACCAUCCUCACGCAGGCUGGGCCUGGCUCAGAGCCGGAGACUGCAGAGAGUCUUGCAGGACAGCCGAAACCUGAAGAGUGGGGCGUGGCCUCGGCCGCCUGUCAACUACUGUAUCCUCAUCGCCAUGGCGCUGAGCAGCAGCCGCGCUGGGAGCCUGAACGUCCAGCAGAUCUACAACUUCACAAGAGAGCACUUCCCUUUUUUCCUGACGGCUCCUGACGGUUGGAAAAACACCAUCCGCCACAAUCUGUGCUUUAGCAACAGCUUCAAGAAGACCCCACAGCAGGUGACUGGAGAGGGGAAGAGGAAGUCGUGCCUAUGGCAUCUGACCCUAGACGGCCGGCGGAGACUGAGGAACGAAAUCCAUACACUUACUGCAGACUCCUUCAGGAUGCUGAAGAGAAGCAUGAACUACCCAGAUAUGAUUCAGGCUCUGUUUGAGUUGUAG